CUGUUUUCCUCCGGGCUUCGGGAAUUUUGGUUUCCAACGAACGUCCUCAUUCCAUCGUUUGCGUGGGCUGGCUUUAAACGUCGUGUGAAGGUGGUUUUCUUGUCCUUGACGUUCAUGUGUUUUCCGGCAACAUGGUGGCAGACGAUCUAGCAACACCUCCGUUACCCCCCAAGCAACGGUCACGGCAACCCAUUCGUUCUUGGCAGAUAGCUCCCAAACAAGGAAACGACAAGAGCAAGUUUAUUAAAACCGUAUACGAAAGUGGAGAUGGAAGGAAUUCAUUGGAUGCCUUUGCGCGCGGACCCAAGCAUGGAGAGAGGAAACGUCAUUCCAUUGCUAGUUCUGAGAGUAAAGAUGUUGGGACCAAGCAUGAAGUGAACGAAGAGCAAUAUCCUCAAGUCGAGGAAGUCGGUAUUCGGGCCAUGCGCAAGCUCUCCAGACCCGCUCGUCUCAUCAUGAAUGACCUGGAGCAAGGUCCCAUUUCUCCACCUCUUUCCCCGUCUCCCACAACAACCGACCUCUCCGUUCCGUACACCCGACGAGACCGACGACCCAGCACAACAAGCACAACAAGCACAGCAAGCAGUAUAGAAGACUCUGAACGCCCAGACCCGCACAACCCUCACACCAUCUUCAGACUCAAACACACACCGACAGCAGUCCAAACCCAACUGUCACUCCUUGAAACCAUUGAUAAACUCAAACAUGCUGCAUCCGUAUCCCCUUCAUCACCCACCUCUCAAUCCGCACGAUACGCAUACGCGAAAUACCUCAUUGAAAACCUACGGUACCUCGAAACAGGUCAAAAAGCUUACUUGGACGAAGGUUUGAAGAUAUUGCGGGAGUUAUCCAAAGAGGGGUACGCGGAUGCGCAGUUUACGUUUGGGUGUUUGUUGAUUACGGGUGUUCCUGGGUCUCAGACGAGGCAUAAGCCGGAUUACGAGAAGGCGUUCCCAUUGUAUUUGAGUGCAGCCAAAAAGGGUCACGCAGAUGCAACGUACCAUGCUGCACUCUGCUACGAACACGGUCGAGGAACGAAUGCACCCCCUGAUCCUGCAUCGGCUGUCAAAAAGUACCGCAAGGCAGCGAUAGCUCAUCACCCAGGUGCCAUGUACCGCCUCGGCAUGAUUCUUGCCAACGGCGAACUCGGGCAACCCCGCAAUAUUUCGUCGUCCAUCAAAUGGCUUAACCUAUCUGCGCGGUACGCAACACCCAAACACCCACACGCCCUUUACCAACUCGCCCUCCUCCACGAACACGACCCAAAUGCAUUAAACGGUAAAGCCGACCCGGCAACCGCGUUGGACCUCCUCCGCCGCGCCGCAAAGCUAGGACACGUCCCUUCCCAACUCCGAUUGGGACACAUAUACCAAUUUGGUGACCUCGGUGCCACCAUCGAUCCAAGUGCCUCAAUAAACUAUUACUCCCUUGCAGCCCAAAAAGGCAGCGCAGAAGCCAUGUACGAGCUCUGUGCAUGGCAUUUCACGGGAGCAGAAGACGCGAACGGUAAAGAGAUUCUCGUACAAGAUGACGAGGAAGCCUAUAUUUGGGCUCGAAAGGCUGCUGAAAAGGGGUUAGCAAAAGCCGAGUAUGCUGUCGGGUAUUUUACUGAAAACGGAAUUGGGGUUCAGGGGGAUAUGGAGGAAGCGUUGGAGUGGUACACACUUGCAGCUCGACAUGGAGACCCCCAUGCAGUGUCGAGAUUGGAAGGACAUGCACCGAUCCAUCCGGCUGAUCCAUCGAUUUUGGCGGCUGUUGUGGAUUAUGAUGUUGCGCCUCCUGUCGAGUCCGUUGAGAGGAGGGAGGGGUUGGAUCGGUUGUUUACGGUACGGACGUAUCGGAAGAUAAAGAACCGGGUGAUUGAGCAUAGGAAUUUAAAGAGGGCUGGGGGGUUGUAGGCUCUCUUCUCAUAGUCGUAGUGGGUUUUGUAUUUUACUACCUUUUUUUUGUUAAUUUGUUAACUUUGGAUUCUAUUGUGCUAUAGCAGAACUGACAAGCACACAUACCAGCUCUGGAUGUACCACCCAUUCGAUAUGCUUUCAAUCAUCGUCUUGUAGGGAGAUCAUGAACCUCCGAAUGUAAUAUACUGCGCACGACACCAC